AAGGAGUGCAGCAGGCUCAGUGCCCUUCCCGGGGCCCUUGGGGGAACCCCCCCCCAUCGGCACCUGCUUGCGCCCCCGUGGCCGGCUCCCUCUGCAGCCGCCUGCCAGCGCGUGGUGAGCAGUCGUCUGGCGGGUGGCGUUUGUGGUCAUUCCCUGUGGCACUCAGCUGUGGUCCCAUUGGGGAGGGACAGCUGCAUCGUCACUGUGAGGACCUCACCUGUCACUUCAGGUUACAGCAACACGCAGCUGGCCAGCCUGUACCUGCUGUCCGACGGCGAGUACUCCCUCCACAGCUUCGUCCUGCUCCAAAGGGAUGUCACCUGGCCCUUCUACUCCUACCUGGACUUCGCUGUCCAGGAGGGUGCUGUCCAGUUUCAGAGGGUUCUGGGAACAGCCGCGGAAGAAGCCUACGAGGGAUUGUUCUACCAGACCCAGGAGAGGAAGCUGCAGUUCAUGGCGGCCAUGCACGGCCACACGAAGGUGGCGGUUCGCCAGGUGGCCACGGCCUUCGACCUGUCUCGGUUCACCUCUGCCUGCGACCUGGGAGGCUGCACAGGCGCCCUGGCCUACGAGCUGGCCAGACAGUACCCGGGGCUGAAGGUGGCCGUGUUGGACCUGCCAGAGGUCAUUGAGGACGCCGCGCAUUUCCGACCGGACGGACCGCAGACGGGGCGGGUCAGCUUCAUGCCAGGGGACUUCUUCCGAGACCCUCUCCCGGAGGCCGACCUCUACAUCCUCUCCAAAGUUCUGCACAACUGGCCGGACGAGAAGGUGCACCAGCUGCUCAGCCGGAUCUCCCGCAGCUGCAAACCAGGGGGCGGCCUGCUGGUGGUGGAGCUGCUGCUGGACGAGAAGUGCCAGUCUCUGAUCCCCGUGCUGCAGUCGCUGACCAUGAUGGUGCUGUGCCUGAGCAGGGAGCGCACCCUGAGCGAGUACCGCAGCCUGCUGCAGGCUCACGGCUUCACCGACGUGCAGGCUGCGUACCUCGGGAGCACUGUGGACGCCAUCCUGGCCACCAGAGCCUGACAGCCACCUGCAUACAGGUCACAGGGUCACUCCCUCGGGAGACAGCAGCCCACAGUCCCCAAAUGUGUCCCGUCAGGUGGAAAGUUGGCUGCAGGGGGCCGGCGUCACCCCGCAGGUGAAAGAACGUGGUCAGCCCCGGCUCUAGGAGCGGGGUGGUGGGGCUGCGCUGGACAGGGCAGUGCUCACUGGGUCCCUUCACACUUCAGCAGAGGCAGUCACCAGGGCACAGGCCGUGUCAUUCCCAUGUGUACGUUCCAGCUCCGCCACAGCCCCCAUCAGCACAGUGUUAGAUGCACAACUUGUGGACACGUGGUUUCUGCCUGAGAUGGAUUUUAUACACAAUCCGGAUGUCGAUUUACAAGACACACACACCUGCACGAUUUACACAGUGCAGAUAAUCACAGCCACGCACCCGUGCACAGUCCUGGGUGGACACCUUGGUCCUGCACUCUCCCCUGUGCCCUGAGCCCAGGACCCACCCACGGGAGACCCCCGGCUGCCAGGGUGACAGCCAGGUGACCCUUGUGGGAACUGAGGAAGGGUCCCAGUCCCCUGACACCAAGUGCUGUCCCCUUAUUGCUGCUGGAAAUGUUCCUAGAAAGAAUGAACACGGUGAGAAGA